AUGCGCGCUGUACUCAAGCCCUUCUUCAUUCACGCCGCCUAUUCUCUCAUUAAGACUGUCGUCUUUCUCUUUUCCACCAUCAAACACUCAGUCUUCUUCGCAUCCUCUUGUCGUUCUGUUCUCCGGCCUUCACGUACUCUUUUACAUCGUAACGAAUGGGUUAACUUCCGAAACACAUUUUGGCAUCAUAUGAAAGCCAAAUAUUUUCCCCCCGCCUCCAUUGUUCCUCUUGAACUUCCGGUCCAGUAUUUGUUGGGUUCCGUUCACCGGCUGCUCGAAGACUUCAUAAUCACGUUUGACCGUUUGAUCAAAUCUUCUCCACUCCACGGUGACAUGGAAUUUAAAGUAGAAGCUAAGCAAACUGAAGUGAUCGAUGAGAUCAGGGGUAACAAAUGGGUAGCGUAUGCCGCUAUCACUCUUGUCGUGCGGUUCUGGGGUUUGGCCGACGUGUGUCAACCUUUCUUGUCACUGCGCCGCAUGAACCCUUCAGCAUGA